AUGCCCCCUAGAACUGUAUCCCGAGAUCUCAAAGCUCGUAUUCCGGUCCUCUAUUACGAGCAGAACUUUACCAUCAAAGAAAUCUGUGGACUUCUAGGCAUCAAAAAGUCUCUCGCAUACAAAACGCUCUCGUACUCCUCAACCUAUGGAGUUCCCUAUAAUCCUCAUGCUCGCAUGGGGGGUCGUCGCCGGAUUCUCAACAGAGAAGACGUAAAGUUUGUUGUGUCCCUGAUCGAACGCCGCCACUGCAUCUAUCUCGACGAGAUUCAAGAGGAACUCUACCUACAUCGCGGCUGUCGCCCCUCCAUCCCAACUUUGGUUCGCACACUACGAAGGCUCGACUUCUCUCGAAAAUGUGUCUCAAUCCGCGCCCUCGAGAGAAAUGACAUCAUGCGUGCUGCCUUCAUGAAUACCAUUGCCGAAGAAGUUCCACGACCUGACAUGCUCAUGUUUUUAGACGAGGCUGCACGCAAUCGAAAGACAUCUGGUAGGACACGGGGUUGGGCUUUGGUUGGAAGAAGAUGUGUGCAAAGAAGGCUCCGUCACUUCCGCACGCUUCGUUGA